GCAAAACAAAAAGAACUUUCUUUGAUAAAUGCAUUUGAUGAUUUUAUUAUUUUUUCAUCAAUUAUAAUAUACCCUCUUAUUAAUGGUUUUCAAUGGUUUCCAUACUAUACCGAUGAAAUACGGAAUGCCUUUUUAAUUAUUACAAUUGUUGGUUUUCCAUUUCUCUUAAUUUCCUAUAUAUUAUACAAAUUCGCAUGGCCAAAAAUAUACGAUAGUGAAAAAUAUAAAGAAAAUAAGCAAAUAUUAAAGUUAUGCCUUAGGAAAGUUUCAGUUUAUUUAAUUAUUAUUAUUCUUUCUUAUCUUUCAAAAUAUUCAUAUGACAUGGUUAUUUAUGGUGAUUACACCGAUUUUAAUGCCAAUCAAACCAUCCAAUUUAUUAAUCCAAAUAUAAGUUAUGUUAGUAAAAUUUGCGUUAAGGAAUUUAGUGCUAGCAGGUUUGUUCUAACAAUUUAUCCUGCCGUUGUAUCAGGAUACUUACUUAGUACAAACUCUACUACUACAAAAAUAGCCUUCUUAAUUUGUAGUUUAUCCCUCAGUAGAUUAAUUGAUCAUUUUGGUGAUAAUGAACCUAAAAAA